AUUCUCAAGAUGAAACCCCUGGUGGCUACAGUUUUCCUGGUAGUCCUGAUGCAACUUUCUCAGUCCUUCCCCGCCUGGUACCACAGAGGAUGGCUGAGAUUGCUGAGGGAAGGGGACAGCUGUGGAAUAUGCAACCUGGAACUCUGCCCUGUGCCUACAGCCUGCCAAGCAGGGACCGUGUUGGACUCAUGCGGCUGCUGUCCCGAAUGCGGGAAUGUGGAGGGGCAGAUCUGUGACUUGGACGAAGGCAGCCAUUUUUACGGGCAAUGCGGGGACAACCUGGAGUGCCAUUUGGAUGUCCGUGACAUCAAGUCUGGAGAAAUCCCCGAGCCACAAUGUGUCUGCAAGCUGCAGGAGACUGUAUGUGGACCUGAAGGGAAGACCUAUGAGAACAUCUGCCAGUUCCAUGAGGCUUAUGCAGGAAAGGGGAUAAAUGCGAGCAUAAAGCACAAAGGACCAUGCAAAUCGGGUAAGGAAAGGCAAAGCAGAGUCUAAAGUACGUACCUGAGGGAAGCUGAGAUUUACUAAUGGUGACAUUUGGCAGCAUAGUCUAGGGAUGCAACAGAGGGGCUCGGAAAUCACUCUUUUGGAGCAAUUUGUUAUCUUUUUGGAGUUUAGAUGAGAAAUCCUAUGUGUGUUUAUGCUAAAGUGAGUCCCACUGUGUUCGGUGGUGUUUACGUCCAGGUAAGGAUAUAUGGGAUUGCAGCCUGACAAUGCAAGAAGUAAAACUUAUUGACUUUAUGGGGACUUAAUUGUAGAUUUGGGUUCCCUAAGGACAUAGGCACAAGUGUGAUAUUAUGUGAUCCUGGAAUGAGGAAAUAUACUCCCCCUUGCAUCCAGUUUCCCCCCUUAUUGACAUUUCAUUAGAUAAAGUUCCUCUUAAGGUAACAAACAGUAACAACGAGGAGCGCUGUUCAAAGUAUGUCUUCUGAGGCUACAAAACAUUGGAUGCAGAGUCCACUAAGUUUUUGUUAAAGCAUGGGAACGUGCUCUGGAAUUGCCAACGUAUCCUGUGAGAUUAACAUUGUAGAAUUCACAUGGGAACUGACAACCUGUUGAUCAGAGGGGAGUGUGAAAAUGUGAAAUGUGAACACAAAUUGCCUGCAGAUUUGUGGGUGGGCCAUAACAGAGUCAUUUAACCACUAUCCAUGAAUGAAAGGCAGGAUUGAAGACUAUAGGAAUAGUCUUACUAUAGGAAUAGUAAAAGUAUGGAAAAAGAUGCUCUUUAUUUAAUAGCUAAAAAAAAAUCAACAUAAAGCAGCUAAGUCCAAUCUUAGUAUAUAAAGUUGAAAUUAACAAGACAGCAACAGUGAUAUGAAAGAUCUAAACGGCCACUGUAUGUCAAAGUAGGAAGGUUCAAGCUGAAACAAUAUAUAAUGUUUAAAGUCUCAGACCCCCCAAAUCCCUUACAGUCUUAUGCAGAUUUAAAUAAAUCACAUGCAAGGUCAUGUUUCUUUUUAUACCGAAGAACAAACCUUUGCAUGCAGCUUCACUGCAUGUGAAAAAGCCCAACGGAAAAGAUAACCAAAUGGAGAGAUUAGUUCUUAGCCUCCUGGCAGCUUUAUAGCCUGAUGUGUAAAUGAUUCAUUCUUCUGCAAUUAGCAUCAUCGCUUUACAGGAUUCCAAGAGAUUUAGCACAGCCUUUGGAGUGAGGUCCAAAUGGCACGCAGUUCCGAAACGGAGCCAAGACGAAUUUAUGUAAGAUUUUCCCAUAUGUGAUUUUCUGCAUUCUUCAAAGCAUGCCAGUGAUCUAUAGCAGUCGCAUGUGACACUAUGCGCACAGUGAUAACUCCCAGGCACCCUGUUCAUACAAAGGCACCUGGGCGUAUUGACUGGCAAUGUCAGUGAAAUGUUUCGGCAAAGCUGGCAUCGUCUGUGCCAUUCUGCAAGCGCAGUGGUCUGAGCUCUCCAUACGAAAAGCACAGGGAUCUCAGGCCAGGCUAGAGGUGACAUAAAGUGCGCAUGUAGAAUGGUAGUAUUGCACAUGCAGUGAAUUUUGACAGCAAUUGGCAACACUUCGUAUAAUUUUACAGGCUCUUGCUGAGUUGAACUGAUCUUCUCCUGUUCCUUGAUCUGUGUCGGACAACGUUGUAUGUAUAUCGGAAAAUGCUUUUAGGAUUCCAUGGGCCAAAAAAAACCAGAGAAAUGUAGGGAUAAUAUCUGAAGUAUGUACAUGUGUGUGUUUGAGCGUGGGCAUGCGCAUGCACAGAGGAAUGUCGUCAGUUUAUGUAAUGUGAGAGUUUCAAAGGGAAAAUAGAUGGAUCCCUGCAGUGGCAGAACACUUGGGUGGAACGCCUGGGGUGGCGCACGUGCCCUGCACCCAGCGGUGGGUCCAGCCACCCAUGGGGUGGGGUGAGCCUGGCCAGGACACUCUACGGGGCCUCUGAGGAGUCUGGCUGCCUCCUCCCACUCAGCCGCCCUACAGCUGAGGGAGAGGCGGUGGGCAGACAGUUUGGGGCAGCAUGGAGCCUGCGGGUGCCCAAGCCACUGCGUCACUUUCAGGAGAGACGCGUGGCUCGGGUGCGCUGCAGGCCCCACGGUGAGUGCCGCCUGGCAUUUUGUCACCCCCCCUUAGUGGUGACACCCGGGGCAGACCGCCCUGCGCCCCCCUUCCUCCUCCCCUGGAUCCCUGUCCUCGAGGAGCUUCCGAUCUAAAAUAAGGGAUGGUCACAUUCAACUAGUUUGCAAUCUGUGAACCUGUGCACACAAAUAAUUAAGCAACAUGCUCUCAUAAGUAUUCACAUGUAACAUUCAACGGGGACGUGGGUGGCGCUGUGGGUUAAACCACAGAACCUAGGGCUUGCCGAUCAGAAGGUCGGCAGUUCGAAUCCCCACGACAGUGUGAGCUCCCAUUGCUUGGUCCCUGCUCCUGCCAACCUAGCAGUUCGAAAGCACGUCAAAGUGCAAGUAGAUAAAUAGGUACCGCUCCGGCGGGAAGGUAAACGGCGUUUCCGUGCACUGCUCUGGUUCGCCAGAAGCGGCUUAGUCAUGCUGGCCACAUGACCCGGAAGCUGUACGCCGGCUCCCUUGGCCAAUAAAGCGAGAUGAGCGCCGCAACCCCAGAGUCGGUCACGACUGGACCUAAUGGUCAGGGGUCCCUUUACAUUUACUGACAUUCAACGAGCGUGGAGUUUGUGCGCCUGUGUGUGCAAAUCAACAAGUGCACAGUCACACAAUUACUUGUACUUGUGUUGUGUGUAAUUUAUGAACAAGUCCAUAGGUAACAGACAGUAGGGGAAAUGGGUGGUAGACGAGGGCAGCGGGCAAUGAAUGUAUGAAAAAACCAUCAUCUGUAGUUAAAACAGUUACAGUUGGUAAUUGGGACCAAAGUCCUCAUGCUUCCCGUCUCUUCAAUCUGUGCAAAUAUUAAUACAGUAUCUGCAAUAGGUCUUACUUCCUAGGAUCACUGCUGAUUGAUAUGGCCUAGUUUGGAAGUAACUGAUGUGGUACCUUCUAGGUGUUGUGGAAUACAACUCCCAUCAUCCUUGAAGAUUGGCCAUGCAGGCUGGGCCUGAUGGGAGUUGUAGUCCCAAACAACUGGAGGAAGCUACACAGGCUACUCAUUGCCUAACUUGUGCCGCCCUGGGGUUCCCCUUUGUGACAAAGCCUGUGUGUGUGCAGAGCUAUACAGAUGUGGACUGUCCCUCUUCUGAUGUUUAUACGCAAUGCAUGGACAUCUGCGGGGGGGGGGCAGCAAUGGAUUCCCCCUCUUCCCUUUAAUCGUGCAAACCUGCUUCAUGCAUCUAAUGCAAGGAAAGGGCUAUUGCUAUUGAAGAUUUUAAGAGGCAGUCAGUUUGACAUUCCUAGAAGUCAGGUGACAUAAUUGUUGUUCUGCUCUCCCCACUAGUGAGGAAUUCCUGGGGCGGUGGUUCCGUGGCUUAGCCUCAAUUUCCUCUGAAAUGAGAGCUCCAUUGAGAGCACGGGUGGAAGCAAAUGGCACGGCAGUUCAGCAAAUAUCGCAUCCGCUGCACCCACUUAAGAUAUCUAGAGACAGAGGCACCACUUCAUUGCCCAGAUGAAGAGAAUAGCACUUUUAGCUCUUUCUCAAAAGUCAAAUCUGUUCCCUACUUUGUUCUCAAUUUGGGGGGAUGUGCUUCUUCUUAUUUGAUGAUGUGUUUAAGUGCAUUCUCCCCUCUCAGCCAAGAAAUUAGCAACCCAGUCAGAUAGGUGGGGUAGUAAUAGUAGUAGUAGUAGUAGUAGUAGUAGUAGUAGUAGUUAUCGUUGUUGUUGAUGGUGAUUAUCCUAUGCCCUCUUACUUGACAGAAACCCCAUUCAACAAUCGGACUUCUGAGUAGAGAAAUACAGGAUUUCAACAACAGAUAUGCUUUUUCAAUUCUUCAAAUUGAAGAAUUUGGGGCAUCUUCAAAAGCCCCAAUAUUUAUUACAGUGGUUGCUCAUUUAAUGUGUUCAAAGGAAGACAUUAAAUCCACUCCCUCUAGUGGCUGUAUGUAUAUGUGUAUAUAGAUAUAUAUAUGACAGGGUCCCUUUACCUUUAUGACAUACUGUUUAUUUAUUUAUUUUUGAAAACACACAAUUGAAAACCACAUCGUCGUCCUUCAGACAAAUGACAAAAAUUCUACGUGGUCUAGUAUUUCACAAAUUUAAUCUGAAUGUGAAAUGGAAAACUGCAUUGUAAUUACAUUUUUAAAAGGUGCUCUCCCCCCCCCGCCCCCAGCAAAAAAGCAUAAUGACUUUAAUAGCUUGAUCAAAAUGAAAGUUAUAAAACAGAAUUUAGUGCCCAAAUGAACUGGCAGCAACUCACAUGGUUCACAGUUAUAACUGUCCUUCAUGCUGGGUUCAAAAUUAACAGCUACCAUUCAGAAUAAAAGAGGUGGUGGUGGUGGCGGUGGGGGAAAUCGAAGCAUUCUUGUAAGCAGAUGGGGUGUUCGGCUUCACUGUGUGCAACAGUGGUAACAAGAACACAAACAAUGUUUAAAAAUGCUUUUUUUAAAUGCCAGUGUAGCAGUGGCUAGCUGCUGAGCUGCAAUCCUGCACGCCGCAGCAACCUGUUUUAACCUUGUGGAAGUCUAUGGGAUUUGAACUGCCUAAAUCUACUCAGGAUUGCAGUCUUCUUGGCCACAGGUGGGAGGGAAAAUUCCGGGUUCAGUACUUGGGAAAGUCACUCUCCCUCUUCAAGAGGUUAUUGUGAGGAUGAAAUGCUUGUAGGAAUUGCUUAAAAAAGGACAAUUAUUUAUUGUUCAUUCCCCAUGCUGUGGGAACUGCACUUGCUGCAGAUUGGCUAUAGUGCCCUGCUCAAGGUCUGUUUGUUAACAUUAAAAAGCCCUGAACAGCUUGGGACCAGGUUACUUGAAUGACUAAAGGUAAAGGGACCCCUCACCAUUAGGUCCAGUCGUGACCGACUCUGGGGUUGAGGCGCUCAUCUCGUUUUACUGGCCAAGGGAGCCGGCAUACAGCUUCCGGGUCAUGUGGCCAGCAUGACUAAGCCACUUCUGGCGAACCAGAGCAGCGCACGGAAACACCGUUUACCUUCCCGCCGGAGCAGUACCUAUUUAUCUGCUUGCACUUUGACGUGCUUUCGAACUGCUAGGUUGGCAGGAGCAGGGACCGAGCAAUGGGAGCUCACCCUAUCGCGGGGAUUCAAACCGCCGACCUUCUAAUCGGCAAGUCCUUGGCUCUGCGGUUUAACCCACAGCGCCACCUGCGUCCCUUGAAUGACUGCUCCCCCCUAUAACAUCAUCUGGGCAAAUUAUACUCCUGGCACCACACCCUUCAUAAUAUCAUAGGAUGCAGUCCCCAGAAAAUGGUCAUUUCCAGCUGUUGCCCCUGCAUGGUGGAAGGGUUUUACCUGUGUCAAAUAUGAAUCAGCAACCACCAGUUGCUUCAGACACCUUGAGAUGACCAGACGUUUGCUGACCUAUAAACUAGGACCCAGUCUGACAUGUUUGAAUCCUCUGGUUUUCUGUUUAAUGCUUUUAUGUGCUUUGUUAUAUUGGUGUUUGAUUGGUUUUUGGUUAUGUUUUUGUACUUGUUUAAAGAUUUUGUUGACAUAUUGCUUGUUUUUAGUCUUUACACCGUAUAUUUUUUGAAAUAUUAAGCAGUUUUCAUUUAGCCAUUCAAAGGGAAAGUUAUUUCUCCAACUCCUUUGGGAUUAAAAUCUGUUAGUGGCUAACACUUGCUCUUAUUAGGCCUAAUAGAUCAGCAGUUUGACCCUGCCUUGGUUUAGCGGAAGUGCAAACAUGAUGCCAUUCUCGGUUACCACAGUUCCAUCCGUCACAUGUGUACUCCUAAUUCUCAUGGUCAGAGAUGACACAGUCUACAAACAACACAGCUGCAAACGCUGGUCUGAAAAAACAAAACACUGAUACAAUUCCCAAAACAUUGUUGUUGUUUAGUCGUUUAGUAGUGUCCGACUCUUCGUGACCCCAUGGACCAGAGCACGCCAGGCACUCCUCUCUCCCACUGCCUCCCGCAGUUUGGUCAAACUCAUGUUAGUAGCUUCGAGAACACUGUCCAACCAUCUCGUCCUCUGUCGUCCCCUUCUCCUUGUGCCCUCCAUCUUUCCCAGCAUCAGGGUCCUUUCCAGGGAGUCUUCUCUUCUCAUGAGGUGGCCAAAGUAUUGGAGUCUCAGCUUCAGGAUCUGUCCUUCCAGUGAGCACUCAGGACUGAUUUCUUUCAGAAUGGAUAGGUUUGAUCUUCUUGCAGUCCAUGGGACUCUCAAGAAUCUCCUCCAGCACCAUAAUUCAAAAGCAUCCCAAAACAUGCACACAGGCAAUUUUAUGGCUGAUGACACUUUCUCCCCACCUUCCUUUCACUCUUGGGACAUGCUCACAUGGAGAUUUAUCUAACCCUUUAUGAAAAACAGCAAAGCUUUGUGACUUCACUAAUGAGUUGUCAGGAGUUGCCAACCUCUGGGGGCUAUUGGGUGCAUUGAGUGAGUGCUGUGGGUGCCAGUCACAAAUUGGCUGCUGUAGGACGGUGGCGUAACACACAAUGCUUGUCGUAAGAAAACCUCUUUGAGUUGUUUGUUUGUUACAAUCAAGCAGUGUAAAAAUUUUAUGAAACAAGUAAAUAAAAUAAACAAAUGAGUAGAAUUAGUCUGUGUUGUGAAAGCUGUUUAAUGUGACUCUUGAGCAUGAUGAUCCUCUCACUCGUGUCUCUUCCAGCUCCUGUUAUUUCUUUGCCACCUCGAGACACCCAGAAUUUCACAGGGAAUGACGUCAUCUUCGGUUGUGAGGUAUCUGCAUAUCCCAUGCCACACCUUGAGUGGAAGAAGAAAGGAAAUAAGAUGUUUCUGCCAGGAGAUGAUGCUCAUAUUUCAAUACAGGUAUACAGUUUAAAGUAGGUAAGGCGAUAUAAUUACCUUUUCUUUGUGGUAAACGUAGCAGGAGACACAGACCUCUCCCUACAACAAAAUGGUGGCUGAAGAAGACAUCUAGAAUUCCUCGCCUUUCAAGGCUGGGAAAAGACAACCGAGGAUUGGUCUGGGAGCAGUGAUUUUUAACUUGUUCAUAAAUGACUUGGAGUUUGGGAUGAGCAAAUUGUUCAGGCCGGUUUUAAAAAAGCAAACCAACAACUUGCUUGUCCUCCUGCUAUGUUGAGGAACACUGCAAAAGUAGUUGCUCCAUACAUGACAGUAGAACAUAUAUAACGUUGCAAUCAAAAUCUCAAUGAUGUAGAUUUCAUUGACGUCAGUGGAGUUUACAAGGUGAAGACGUCAUCCUAUUUAUUAUUAGACCUUCAUUUGUUUGCUAUUUGGCUUUCAUUUUCUCAGGCAAGAGGGGGACCUCGGAAGUACAGUGUGUCUGGAUGGUUACAAAUUCAAGGGAUCAAGAAAUCAGAUGAAGGUGUCUACAUAUGCCAAACAAAAAACAAAUAUGGGUUUGCCUAUUCAUCUGCAAGGCUGAAAGUUAUUGAUGGUAAAUCACUGUAUUAUUAUUAUUAGUCCUUUUUCCAUGACAGGGGACUCAGGGUGAUUUACAGAUAAAAUAAGAAAAACUUUGUUGUUGUUGUUUAGUCGUUUAGUCGUGUCCGACUCUUCGUGACCCCAUGGACCAGAGCACGCCAGGCACUCCUGUCUUCCACUGCCUCCCGCAGUUUGGUCAAACUCAUGCUGGUAGCUUCGAGAACACUGUCCAACCAUCUUGUCCUCUGUCGUCCCCUUCUCCUUGUGCCCUCCACCUUUCCCAACAUCAGGAUCUUUUCCAGGGAGUCUUCUCUUCUCAUGAGGUGGCCAAAGUAUUGGAGUCUCAGCUUCAGGAUCUGUCCUUCCAGUGAGCACUCAGGGCUGAUUUCCUUAAGAAUGGAUAGGUUGGAUCUUCUUCAAACCUAAAAACAUAGAAAAAAAAAUAAUUAAGAAAAAAAUUAACAUUGAUAGAAAUGUAUAUCUAUUAAUAAUAUAAACAGCACGGCACCAGCCCUUUUAUUAAAAACAAUCAGUUCCCAAAAAGCCUGCUGGCGGAAGGACACAAAAAGAUCAAGCUUUUGGUGGUGGUUGCCUGAUUCUAAUAGUAACCCAAAUUGUUCAUUUCAAACCAGUAUGUUUUAGAUAGGGAAUCUAUGUUUCAGUGGACAUAAUGGCUUUUUGUAAUCUUUGGUCAGUGGCAUGAAAUUAAGAAGUGGUGCUUCGCUGCAGGAUUUGGCAGCGCGACAUUUGAAAACUGAACUCAUAUUUUAAUGUAGCUGAUGUCUUUCCAAUGUCUGAUUAACUCACAAUAUUUUUGUUUGAUGCGCAAUUUCCCCUCUCCCAUUUUCUCCCUCUCCCUAAAUAUGAAGUUGCCCUAGGCUAUUGGCUUGUGUAAUGCAGUAGUGUCUGCUCUGACUGGCAGCCGCUCUCCAAAGUCUGAGGCACAGUCAGUCUGUUUCCCAGUCCUGCUACCUGAACUGAACCUGCCAAGGAAUGAAACUGGGCCCUCCUGCAGGCAAAACCUAUGUACAGUGGUACCUCGGAUUAAGUACUUAAUUCAUUCUGGAGGUCCGUACUUAACCUGAAACUGUUCUUAACCUGAAGCACCACUUUAGCUAAUGGGGCCUCCUGCUGCCGCCGCGCCGUCAGAGCACGAUUUCUGUUCUCAUCCUGAAGCAAAGUUCUUAACCUGAAGCACUAUUUCUGGGUUAGCGGAGUCUGUAACCUGAAGCGUAUGUAACCUGAAGCGUAUGUAACCCGAGGUACCACUGUAUCUACUAACCUAUAGUAUCUACUAACCUAUGGCCACUCCCCAAUCACCAGCUUAAUUGUUAACACUAUAUGUGCCUUAUCCUGCAGGUUCAUCAUUAACUUUCCAGAAUAUUCCUGGCAGCUGGAGCACAAGCGAUGGCACAGAUUAUGGAGAGGAUUUUGAUUCUGCUGAAGACGAGGAGGAGGCAGAAUAUGAAUCUGGAGACUAUGAAAAAUGAAGCAAGUUUGGAUUGUGUAAGGGGUUGUUAUGUGCUGAUGCUUUCAAGUUCCUCUGUUUUGCUUGUGUGAUUUGCACUGUCCUGAAACCUCAUAUUAUCACAACAAAAAUGUGUAUCAAAUUCUAGAAAUUAUCCCAUACAUACCAUUUCAAUCAGACUUUUCUAAUUUUAAGCCUCCAUUAAAUUUAUUAUAUUCAGAAUCCUGCACACUGAGAAAAACCAUAGUGGCAAAAGAUAUAAACGUUGCACUUAUCAAGAUCCCUCUACAAUUCCUUGUGUGAGAUAUAGCUCUCUGUCAUACAGCUGUAGGGCAGGAAAGUCACAUGAGGACUUCACAGUCACACUAAGUUGUUGAAGACCGAUGCCACCACGUGAUUGCUGUCCAGAGUGCAACAAGAGUGGGACAAAAAUAACCUGGAACAUUUGUGGGUUAAAAAGUUACAGGAUUUCAGCAGGAAGUUACACUGAUUGGAAGUGCAGUGGUGUGACUAUUUUCAUUGCCCUGAUCAGUGGUAGUUGCAUAUUAUUUAGUCCCCAUGCAAAGGGAAGAAAACCCUUUCCAAACCCAGUGGUACCAGCUGAUUCAGAAUUGCUGCCAUUUUUAUAAAGCAGUGACAUGCUGCAGGGGUGAAAGGCAAUACUCUUCAAGCUUUUUUUUCUGUCGGAGAAGCUGAAAUAUUCUGGGAAUUCCCAUUAUAUGCUGAAGGCCUGUAAAUUGGCAUUGUUAAAACUAGAAUACCACAUCUUUGUGGCAUGGAAGUUAAUCAAGCACAGUGGUCCCGUUGCAAGUGAAUUUUGCUAUGGUUUCAACAAACAAUUUCCCAUGUCUGAAGCAUUCGUGUUUCAUCUAUCACAGUAUGGAUUUAUUUCAAGGUCAGCUUCACAUAAAUAAUUCAAUCUAACAUUUUAGGUUAAUCUGCAGCACAAAACAUUUGACAAACUACAGAUUGCUUAUUUGCAAAUAAAUGUAUUUAAGUCUAAGGACAACAAUUAAAUAUUCAUAAGCACAUAAUAUAUAAGGCAAUACUGGUAAUAAGUUCCUCUUUUUAUACUCCAUGGACAUCUCAGAUCCAUUAUAAGGGUAAACCUCCUUUGGAGGUGUGAAGUUUUAGCUCACAAGCCUUUUGAAUGCUGGGAAGUAGGAUCUGGUCAUACUAACGCUGGUGACAAAAUAUCACAAUUAGCACAAUUAAAUCCUCCUUCCAAACGACUCCAAUUGUUCAGAGCCUAUCUAGGAGCAAGAGAAAUCACUAGUUUGCCAGCAGGUUGACUCAGGAAUUUCACCCCUCCAGUUUAUCUCAGAAGCUGGCUGCCCAACUCUAGUGCACUUUUCCCUUCCUUCCUUUCAGGAUUAAAAGAGCACAUUUGCUUCCUUGUUUUGGCAUUGAAUAAAACAUGCCCUUUGGAGGCCUAGUUCUCACAGAAAGCACUAAAAAGAGGCAGGCGGGUAAAAACAUUCACAAAUGCACUUUUCCCAGCAGUUUUGCAAAUCUCUCCAAAAAGUUAUCCACAUUUCUAUGUUCCCAUCUGAUUCUAAAACUGCAAGUGUGAGUCUCUUGGGCAAUUGUUGUUCAGUGCUUCCAGAGCAGCCCUCAGGCAAAGGCUCAAAGGUCUCAGUUUCAGCAAAUCUCCUUCUCACUAACCAUGUUCGGUCAUUUGUUAAUUGUAGCCUGGAGAGGCCAUGGGGCCUGUCCCUUCUACAUCUUCCUGCCUUGAGCAGUGAGAUCUCAGGGAGAUUGAAUGGCCGUUUGCCUGGCUGUAGUUUCAGGAUCUGCAACCAGGAUCACUGACUGUA